AGUUUGACUAAUAAUGUAAAUUAGAAACUUAUGAGUUUAUUAGGACAUAUUUCCUCUCGAUUAUGGUCACCAGUAGGAUAGUUUUUUUUAUAUUAUUUAACCGAAAGGUUCGGUGCAAUACAUUUAUUUUUACUGUGUCAAAUACAGAUACACAGAAAAGUUUCUUGGAUUUUAUAAACCCUUUUUUAGAGCAAAUAGUAUCAUAAAUUAAACUUUAGAUACGAUCUACACUACUUUGAUAGAAAAAUUAGCCCAGGCUCUGUACACUUUACCCUGAAGUUUGUGUUUUUUUUAUUAUUAUUUAUAAAUUUAUUAUUUAUUGUGUUGUUUAUUCAGACAGAGACUUUGACUUUGUAAUUAGGAUCCAGAUGCGAUAAGUACAAGUUAUGCUUCCAAUAGGGACACUGACUAAAUAAUUAUCGUAUGUAUGACUAUGUCACAAAAUGAUCGCAUUUGCUAUCUGCAUAAACUACAUAUUGUUAUUACAUUACAUAUUGCUACAUAUUAAGGAUAUUGAUUACCUAUUAAUUACUUAACAACGUAGGGCACGUUGACAAUGUUACAAAAGAGAUUUUUAUCUCACCUGCAGUAGCUCCUGGUUUAAUCUAGAAAAAAAAACAAUCUGUUGCUACUAUUUAUUUUUAGCUGACCUUUAAAGCGAUUUCGAGAAAACAAAAACCCGUAUUAAUUAUACAUCUAAUACAAAAUUCAUAUACAAUAAAUACAUCUAAUACGAAUUCAUUCUAAUACGAAAACUGAUUUUUUUAUUAAUUUUUUAUUGCUUAGAUGAAUGGACGAGCUCGCAGCCCACCUGGCGAUAAGUGGUUACUCAAGCCCAUUGACAUCUACAACGUAUAUGCGCCACCCAUCUUGAGAUAUAAGUUCUAAGGUCUCAGUAUAGUUACAACGGCUGCCCCACCCUUCAAACCGAAACGCAUUACUGCUUCACGGCAGAAAUAGACAGGGUGGUGGUACCUACCCGUGUGGACUCAAAAGAGGUCCUACUACCAUCAGUAGAUGAUUAUACCAAUAAAUUUUUUUUAACAAGUAUGCUUAUAAAAUCGUAUUGCUCAUGUCAAAGUUUAGUUUGUUCGCGGACCGCGCGAAGCUGAUUUUAAUGAUUUCUAUGUUUUCGAUUCUUUGUUAUCGAUUUAAAAUUAGCUUUUACGCUUUAAAAUAAAAAUUAGUUCCCUGCCGAUCUGGUGUCAGUGGUCCGAAUCGACACCUAAGAAAUUACCGUUAUCCCAAUGCAACUGACGUCCGCUAAAUGUUUUAUGGUCUUUGUAUUUAUUGUCUGUGGCCUGAAGUGACGGCUUUGCUACUUGUGGAUUCUAAAGUAUGAAGGGUAGAUCGAUAUCUGAGGGCUUGAAGCGAGUUGCGGCGGAAGAACUGAACGAAGAUCCCAAGAAAAUUCCUUUUUAUAUAAAGGCCAUAAGAGAUUGGUUGCAAGAGCAGCCUCAUUUGCGUUCGAUUAAAGCUUCGGAUCAGUGGCUGAUCGGAUUCCUACGCGGGAGCAAAUAUAAUUUAGAUAAAUGUAAAAAGAAACUGGAUAAGUAUUAUACUUUGAAAUCGGCCGCUCCAGAGUUCUUCAAAAAUCGAGACCCAUUAGAUCCGUCAAUGCAAGCGAUGCUAAAGGCGGGAAUAUUCUUACCUCUAAGGAAUUGCGUCACAGAAGACGGCCCUCGGCCUUGUUUAGUCAGAAUGUCGGAACAGUAUAAAUCUAAAAGACCUUUAUCUGAUCUCAUAAAGAUCAGUUUUAUGUUUGCUGAAUUAAUGCUCUUGGAAGAUGACAACUUUAACAUCGCGGGGCAGAUAGUUCUGGUGGAUCUAAGCGAUACUGGUUUAACUUUAUUGACACAGUUCAGUCCUAGUGUUGCGAGGAAGACAUUUUUGUACGCGGAAAGGGCUCUGACAGUUCGCAUGAAAAGCAUUUAUGUGUUGAACAUGUCACGUGGCUUAAAGGCUACCCUGAACGUUGUCAAGAUGUUGCUGGGACAGAAAAUAAGAAAUAGGCUACAAAUAUACGAUGAGAAUUACGGAAAAUUAUACAAUUACGUACCAGAAUCAAUAUUGCCAGCCGAGUAUGGAGGUGAUAUGGGUGACGUUCAAGAACUAACAGAUUACUGGAAAACGAAAAUGGAAAGCUAUAGAAGCUGGUUUUUACUGCAAGAUGAAAAUUUUGAAAGGGUUACGGCAAACAUCAAUACUCGCAGUCCUUCACCGACUGCGACAGAAAACAACGAAGAAAAUCGAACAUUUCGACGAUUAGAGUUAGAUUAAAAAGUAAUAUACCAAUUAUAAUGCCUACAACUGGAGUAGUAUUAAGCAUCCUCAAAGACAAUCCAAAUGAUCUUUAAAUGCUAAGACUCGUCUUUGUAUAAAAAGCCGCACUACUAAGCAUUGUUAAUCUUUCGUGCGUGUGUGUAUGUGUGCUAGUUACAAAGAUAAUAAAAAGGGAGAAUAGAAAAGAAAUACAAUAAUAAUUAAUAGUAAAAGUUCUGGGAGAACCCAUACGUUGGACGGGAUUGUUCUAGCGAGAAGAGUGCAGCUAAUUAUUAUAGCAGCUGAAGGUCCUUUGAGUUAUUUCUACCUCGGUAAAACCGCGUUAGUUGGAUUCUGGUGUGUUGGUGAAGGGUGGUUUUUCGAACCUCAUUGUGAGUAAAUUAAAUGGGCGUGGUAAUUCGCCACGCUACAGGACUCUUCCCUGAAAGUUUUCCAUAGUGAUCGAUCUAGAGCUAUCAGGCCGGAACAUUUCCGAUCCUGCGGACCGAAUGAUAAACAGUCGAUAUCGCCCAAAACGUGUCAUUUCGGAUCCUCCCGAUCCACUAAUCGAAAUGCUUUUAGGUACCUCAAGCACCGGUCAUCGUUCUUGUCGAACCAGUCGCUUGCGACGAAGGGCUCGGCGAGUAAACUAAUCCACAGCCACAGCCCACUGAGUUUCUCGCCGGAUUUUCUCAGUGGGUCGCGUUUCCGAUCCGGUGUUAGUUCUGGGAAGCACUGCUCUUGCUAGGGUCAGUGAUAGCAACUUUGCCAGGUUUGAGUCACGUUCCGUUACGCUGAUAUAGCCUCUCACGUCUAUCAGCAUGUGUAGAAAAAAAUUUAUCAGGCUAAGUUGUAAGAAGUCUUCACAACCCUAUUCGUUUUGCCUGUAUGAGCUAUCGAAUGAGCCGAUAAAUUAUAUAGGCGUUUAUUUUUGGUUGCCAUCAUACUCGUAUAAGAGUUGAAACAAUAGAAUGUAAGUCCUGGAAAUCAUUUUGCGAAGAUACACGGCGGUAGAUAGGUAGUCUGUUGGUCAAUUAAAACAUUACAGACUCCGUUGCAAUAAAAAAAUGUAUUGAGGUAAAAUAAAUUAAUUUUUUCAAUAAAA